AUGGCCAGCAGCCUCGAGGACCUGCCCAACCCGGCCCUCCUCCUGCGCGUCGCAUACCUCGCUGCCUCACUUCUUAUACUUGUCCUACAGUCUGUCCCCGCCCUGCGCACCCGCUUCCUGGCUUACGGCUCGCGUGCGACGGCACCCAACACCACAAAGGAACACCACCCCCAGCAGCCAUCGGCCGUCACCCAGCUGCUCGACCAUGUUGCCACAAUCCAGGUCCCGCACAACUACUUCACCCACUUCUACAUUACCUCGGUAGCCUGCUCGCUCUUCUGGGCAUGGAAGCUGCCACUCUGGCAUGCGCGGCCCCAGCUGCAGAUCGUGUGGGCCCUCAUGCUGCUCCAGGGCCUGCGUCGACUGCUGGAAUCCUACACAUACACCUCCACAAGUAAGAGCACAAUGUGGUUUGCACACUGGAUCCUGGGCCUCGCCUUCUACGUGACCAUCAACAUUGCUAUUUGGAUUGAAUCCCCAGGUAGAAUUCCCAGUGAUUGGGCGACAGCUGCUCUCGUGCCCGCGAUUCUCACUGCCCAUGCGCUUCAGCACAGCUACCACGACUACCUCUACCGUCUGCGCACCGAGAACAAGGGCUACCAGCUGCCCUCGCACUCCCUUUUCCCGAACCUGCUGUGUCCGCACUACACGUGCGAGGUUGCCAUCUAUACGCUGUUGUCCUUUCUGGCAGCACCAGAGGGCAGAUGGGUGAAUUGGACGCUGCUGUGCGGCACUGUCUUUGUCGCGACCAAUCUCGGAGUAACCGCUGUGGGAACCAAGCAGUGGUAUGCUGACAAGUUUGGAUUGGACAAGGUAGGUCCGCGGAUGAGGAUGGUACCUGGCAUGUGGUAG